CAAAGGUUGUGUAUACAAGGCAGGGCAGACUGUCAGUGUCGACUUGGCAGUCAGAAGGAGUCCACGCGUAGUGAGUCCAUUCGGUGUUCGUACACCACGCGGACUGAAUAUUUCAAACCCGACGCGCAGGGUGAAUGCAGAAGUGUUGCGUCCGCCACAAAGGUGCUCUAUUGAUCGCGAACAUGGCAUUGUCAUCGACCGCGCUUCUCGCCAUCGUGCUCACGGCUACAUUCGUCCACGCCGACGCGGACGGCAUCGUCAGAGACGCCAAGCUGAAGCUGCCGCACUCGUAUGAGGCGUCCAUAAAGUUCGCGAAUCGGCAUUUCUGCAGCGGAGCCAUCAUCGCUCCCCGACACGUGCUGACGGCGGCGCACUGCUUUUACCAGAACGGCGCAAAGUUCCCCGACCCGAUGUACAAGUACAUGUCGGUCGUCAGCGGGUCAAACUCGAGUCUGUCGGACGGCGGGAACAGGCACCGAAUCAAGAACGUCACGACGCACCAGGAUCUGAGCAGCGCGACCAAGGACUUUUGGAUCAGCGACAUCGCAGUGGUGACGCUCGAGUCAGAAAUACAGUACACGGCCCUGGAGCAGCCGAUCGAGCCGAGCGACGUCGACGCGAGCAAGAGCGUCAGAGCAAGAACGAGCGUCUGGGCUUCGCCGGUGGAGAACCUGCAGUACGUCGAGGUGUACCUGAUAUCGCACGGCAAAUGCGCGGAAAAGCUGAAGGAAAAAUUCCUGGGCGAGCACGACAGCAAGAUCUGCGGAUACACGAGGACGGGACGCGGCCUUUGCCUGAACAACGACGGCAGUCCGCUCGUGCAGGACGGAAAGGUCAUCGGAGUCGCGUCCACGAGCGAAGGCUGCCUAAACGGCAGUCCGGAUGUCUACACCAGCGUCUACAAGAACCUGGAUUUCAUCGGCAAGGCCAUCGAGCAGAAUUCCAACUAAACCUCGUUCAAACAUGUUCGCAAUAAAGUUGAAUUGAGACGAAAGUUUUUCGUGUAA